AUGCAAAAGUCCAGCAGAAUACAAGUCGAUAAUUUGACAAGUCACAACAAACUAAAUGAAGUGAAUGUAAUAGCGUUGGCUCGAGCUCUUGAUGCUGGAAAUGUGGAUGUGGCGGUGCAUUGGUUACAACUGCUACUGAUGACUAGAGAUCAAUCGACUAAACGUAAGAAACCACUUGAAAAUUCCAGAGGUCGACGAUUGCAAACGCUUUGGAAUGCAGUAAAUCAAAUGCUCAGUGAUGAUAAACGCCAAGAAGAAGAUAGUUUGGUGCUUCGACCUGGCUUGGCAUCGAGGAGUGCCAAUGCGUCAUGUGAAUUGUCAUAUUCACAGUUGCAAAUGUUUGCAUUGCAAAAGCUACAGCCAUCCAGCACGGCGUACAAUGUGGUCCGCGCGUUGCAAUUCAGUGAUGUUCCGUUUGAUUUGGCCGCGUUGAGAAACACCUGUGAUGCUUUGAUGGCAAAGCAUGAGACUCUACGAACGUGCUUUGACGCCGAUACUAAUGCAGGAGGACACGAAAAACAAGUUGUACACCCGUUGUCGCAUUUUCAAGAUCAAUUAGGUGUUUUCACUGUCAUACCAUGUGAAAUGCUUGUGUCCGGUGGUAAAGAGGAUGAAAAUGACACGAAACUUGCUGCUUUUGUGGCAAAAACAAUCGAUAACGCGUUCGAUUUGGCGCACCAGGCACCAAUUCGAGUGUUUGCUUUUACUAGUCCGGAUCGAAACGUUACCUCGCCUUGGAUUCUUGCUGUGGUUUUGCAUCAUAUCGUCACAGAUGCAGCCUCCAGUCAGAUAUUUUGGAACGAUCUCCACCAACUUUACGCACAUUUCUUGUUUAGCAAUGAUGCAGAGACUACGACAUCAGAAUUUAUAAAGCAGCUGGAAACAAACGCUUCUAGUGCUGCUCGCUUGACGUACAGAGAUUUUUCCGUGUGGCAGCGAUCACGAAUGCGCUCUGGAAUAACAGCACCGUUGUUACAGUAUUGGCUGCAGCUAUUAACAGACGAUAGCGUACCUGACUUGCUUAAACUUCCCUUUGAUGUUGGGCGAUCGGACGAGAUCGAUUAUGAGCCAAAUGACGAACCUGCUGCACUAGAAUCAACCACAACAAGAGGUGAUGUGGUUGUCUUUCGAACAUCUUCUGCGCUUCAAGAAGCAUUUUCCAAGCUCUGUCAUGCUCUAGGAGCAAGUAUGUUCAUGGGGCUUCUUGCAGUCUUCUACUUGCUGGUUGAGCGGUUAUCAGGCCAGCAAGAUUUCGUAAUUGGCGCACCCUCGUCGGGACGUGAAUCUACUGAACUACAAGACAUCAUGGGCUACUUUGUGAAUACCCUUCCUCUGCGUAUUGGUGCCAAAUGUACUGGAAGCGAAGAUUUUAAGGAAUUCUUGGCAUCUGUACGUAAGGUGGUGCUUGAUGCGUACAACCAUUCGGAAGUUCCCUUUCACCAGGUUUUGAAACACUUGCGCGCCUCGGCUCGCAGCGGUAGUGAGACUGAUGGGGUCGAUGUACGGCGGCGGUGGCAGCACCCACUUUUCCAGAUCAUGUUUUCGUGGGAAAAGUGGGACGAAGGUCCGAGUACAAACAAGUAUGUCGAGAUGACAUUACCGCAUCAAUCUGCAAAGUUUGACCUCAUGCUAUCCAUGCGGUAUCGUCAUCUCACGGGGGCCACAGAAGAUCGUGUGCUGGAGGGAUUGAUGGAGUACCCUACGGCACGAUUUACUCGAAAUACUGUCGAACGCUUUACAGGAUAUUACUUAAAAUUGCUGGAGCAGGUUACGACCACACCAACUGCCGUAGUGCGAUCACCUGCUAUUUCUAUGCUUUCUGAUCUCGAAUGGAACCAGCUUGUCUCCACAUGGGGAACGCCAAAGCCGCAUAGAGCACUCAAUGCCACUGCAAUACCGAAGCCCGAAUUUUUAGACGAAUGUUUGUUUUCCCAAGUGCAGAAAACUCCACGUAAUACUGCACUUCACUUCGAAGGCACGCAGUGGACAUACCAAGACUUGUGGAACUAUAGUGGGCGCAUCAAAGAUGCGCUAUGUAUGCUUGACAUUUCUGGCAGUUGUGCGGAACUUCAUAUUGGAUUGUUACUGGAUAGAGGAAUGGAAAAUGUAGCAGCAAUGGUAGGAAUACUGCGUCUAAAUGCAGUGUUUGUACCGCUUGACCCGGAAUAUCCACGCGAGCGUCUGCGCUUUAUGGCCCGUGACAGUGGUCUUCAAGUGAUCAUCACACAACGAAAACAUGAGAAGAUUGCAACGUAUAUAUCGGCAAGGGAUUCAGAACACGGCGACGAUCGUUCACAGCACAUUUUGUGCUACGAAGAUGUGGCCUUUAUGCUGAAAGCUUUUGCUAGUGAUCACAGGCAUCUGAAUAAGAACACACAACUGCUAGCACGAAAACCACGAGAUUCUCACACAGCAAUGGCGUACAUCCUUUACACGUCUGGGUCAACAGGCAAUUCAAAAGGUGUAGUGGUCUCUCACGCUGCUUUAUUGACGACUCUCUGGUGGACUGUGCGAACCUACGCGGUGACACAAUCUGACGUGUUUCUCCAAAGCACAUCAACGACUUUGGACGGCUCGUUGUCCCAGCUCUUCUCGCCUUUGUUCGUUGGAGGAAGCACUCGAAUCACUCGACCAAAGGGUUUACACGAGUUACACUACAUGCGAAACGUGCUUACUAACGAACCACACGUGACGUUUUGCGUGUUCGUGCCUUCAUAUUUUGCGUUGCUCGUAAAUUUUCUAAGCGAUCGAGGUGAUUCAUUUCCCGCUUCGAUCAAACACGUCGUACUCGCCGGCGAGGUUUUUCCUAUUGAAUUGGCUCGCCAGUUUUACAGAAAGUUCAAAGAAAGCACGACAUGUCUUGUCAACGAGUACGGACCGACCGAGGCGUCGAUCACAACUACGGCUUUCCAGCUGCCUCGAGAACUAGCAUUACACAAGAAAGCCAGCAUACUUCGUGGAUUGCAAAGCGUACCAAUCGGAAAACCUAUUGACGAUCAUCCAGUGAUUGUGCUCGAUACACAAAGACGACUCGUUCCGGUUAAUGUUCACGGCGAACUGUACAUUGGUGGAGCAGGUGUUGCGCAAGGGUAUUGGAAUCGUCCGGACCUGACUGAGAACGCAUUCAUUCUCCACAAGGAUCUCGAGCAGAUUUCGUCUCUAGCGCAGAGCUGCGAAUGGCGAUGGUACAAGACAGGGGACUUGGUCAAGUGGUUGCCAAGCGGUGAUCUAGUUUUUCUCGGACGAACGGAUGCACAAGUAAAACACCAUGGCAUGCGUAUUGAAUUGCAAGAAAUACGCUCUGUUUUGCUGCGCCACUCAACUGUUAAGGCCGCUGAGGUACUUGCUAUUCCCCAUUUAAAAUCUGCUGGUCGGAUGCGGCAACAAAACUCCUUAACUCUUGUCGCCUUCGUUAUGCUGGCCGACAACUUGAACAACCAAAUUAGUGGAGGAGAGAUUCCAGAAAAGCUGCACUUGUAUCUUCAUCAACACCUUCCGAUUCAUAUGGUGCCUCGAACAAUUCAAGCUGUGAGUUGCUGGCCACGCACACCGAAUGGGAAAAUCGAUCUUCGUACACUUGCAACUUGGGCUGAUACUAACUCGGACAAUAGUGGAGAACAUACGCACGAUACCAGCAAUGGGAUCGCUAUCACCGUGCAAUUAGCUACGGACAUCUUGCGUCAGGUUUGGAUGCAAGCUCUCGGAAUUGACCACCUCGACGAUGACGAAGAUAUUGACAUCGACCAGCGUGAGAAACGAUUAAUGUCUCGAUCCUUCUUUGAACUGGGUGGUGAUUCUCUGACAGCUAUUCGAGCUAUUGCUCUUGCACAAGCACGAGGAUUACCACUUGCUCUCGAGCAAUUCUUUCGCUCAUCAUCACUUUGUGAAAUGGCAAAGACCGCAGCAGACUCCAUGGUGAAUUUGCGAGAAUGGACCUCAGAGACACUGGUUCCACUCAAUUGGCCCUCGACGACGUCGUCUGCCGCAAUGCCGACACUUUUCUUAUUCCAUGACGCAGUGGGCACUGUCUGGAAAUUGUUGGAGUUGGCACGGCAUCUGCCAUAUCCUGUCAUUGGUGUACAAGCAGCUGCAUUUCUAGAUGAUAACCUCCAGUCAACCAAAGCUCAACCAUCCAACGUGGAAGAACUAGCAAAAAUGUACUGGGACAUUAUUCGUGAACGGCAAAGUGUAGGUCCCUAUGCUUUUGGCGGGUUCUCAUUUGGCUGUCGGGUAGCCCAUGAGGUAGCACGAUUAGCAGUUCAUGAUGGACACACGAUUUUGUCCGUCAUUCUGAUAGAUGGACUUCCUUUCGAAAUGCCAUCUGCUCAGCAGCAAAUGACCAAGGCACAAAAAGCAGCGGCUCAGAUCCAGAUUGACGAGUAUGUCACCGAAGCCUUCAGUGACUCGCUAUUACGGUCAUUGGGGGUCACCUAUCGUAAAUUUUGUUCGAUGGAAGAUACCUAUGAACCAUACACGGGUGCUGAAAUGAAGACAACUUGCUCCAAAUCUGACCCAUCCAUUUGGCUUCAUGCUGAUCUGUACAUGACUCAGCACUGGCAAGCAGACGUUUCAAAGUAUCGAUCACUUGGCAUUGACAUUACAAUUGUGGCUAUCAUACCGAAUUGCACCCAUUUCACAAUGUUGCGCCAUCCCGCUGUUAACCUCAUUUCUCGGCAGAUCCGACACCGUACAAGACUGGCAUUAAUGGGUCUUAGAACCUUUGAAUGA